CUGAUGCAUAGAUCUGAGGCUUUUGACUAUUCAUUGCGGAACCUCUACCAAAACCAGGGCGUACUCUCUACUUGGCAGACAUCAGCUUCUAAUCCAGCUGAACAUACUGGUCAUUCAACGUAUUCAGAUAGGAUGCCUUAGUAUAUCGUGAAAAGCUCUAUUGCUUCUCCUCCCUGAACGGAAAAUCGAGCUUCCUCGUUCUUACCAGUGACUUUCCAGCCAUGUCGGACUACGAGGAUGAGGAGUUCGAAAAUUACGAGGAGGAUGACUUUGAGGUGGAGGAGGAUGACGAUGACGACUACGACGUGCUGCCCAAAACAAAGGGCGCAGCACCCGCCCAAGCGACCGCCUUGAAGGAAGUACCCUCCCCGCAACGCGGCCCCAUGCGGACGUCAUAUCCUGGCAACGGACGGCCUCCUUCGGGAGGAGCAGGCCAGGGCUUUCUAUCCCGGCCAGCCCCGACCGCCGCCCUGGACAUUCCCUCCUUUGCGGGCCUUACGGACGCGCAGCGCCGCUCCGCCAAAAAGAAGCUGGCGGGCGCCAUCCAGCGCCGCAAGCAGGUGAAGCUCUGUGUGGUGGUGAUGGACGACUUCCCGCAGCUGCAGUCGCUGAGCAAGUACGAGCUGUACAACAUGGGGCGCUCGCAGUACGCGGGACUCAAGGUGGCCUCCGCGCAGACGCAUGAGGAUGACAAGGACGAGGAGGCGCAGACGGACGAGAUCUACCCGCGCGACUACAGCUGCCAGGUGCCCGAGGACCGCAGCACGGUGUUUGAGGGCGAGCACACGCUGUCAGCGGGCGGGGUGGUGGCGGCGGCGGGUGCGGACGGCGGGCUGGGGGCGGCGGCGGGCAACCGCGCUGUGAUGCGGAUCACCGCCAUGGCACCCGACCAGGAGAGCAAGCUGCUGUCGUUCAUGCGCUGGGCGGGACCCAUCAUGCUGGCGGCACUGGGCAUGAACCCAACUGCUAAGAAGCUGGCAAUCAACGGCUGGGGCAGCCUGGACCCGAGUGCCGGCGGCAUGUCGGCGGGCAGCAGCAAGCUGGGCCAGCAGCACGAGGCGCUGCUGGGGCAGCGGCCGGUCACGGGGAGCGCCUUCUGCCAGGGUCCCAGCCCGCUGCUGCUGGCGGCGUAUGCGCCGGUGGGGGCGCAGCUGGGCGCCGCGGCGCUGCUGCAGGACCACACGCUCAACUCCAAGGGCGUGCUGUGCGUGUGGGACCUGAGCGCCACCUCCGCUCCCGCCGCGGUGAUGGUCAGCGAGGGCAGCCCCUCCUGCUGCUGCUGGGCACCCGCGCCCUCCACCUCCCUCGUCUUCGCAGGCAUGGAGGAGGGCGGCGUGUGCGCUUGGGACCUGGAGGAGCCGGACUCGCGGCACCCGCUGGAGAGCAUCAACGGGCUGACGCUGUUCACGCGGCGGCCCUCCUACACCACCGAGUACCUGGCGGAUGUAGCCACCACCGCGGCGCCCAUCGUGGGCAUCGCCGCAACACCGCUCACGGAGAGCCGCUCCCGGCCCUGCCAGGUGAUCAGCCUCAACGGUUGGGGCACCGUCACGCUCUACACCGCCGCCCUGCUGGCGCCGGCGGAGCGCAACGCGGCGGAUGCGGACAUCGGGCUGCGGCCCGGCAGCCGCCUCAAGCUGGUGCGCACCACGCAGCUGACCAGGCUGGGCAUGCGCACGCUGCAGCCGCUGCUGCCGGCGCGGGGGGCUGCCAUGGCGGCGCAAGGGAAGGAGCAGCUGGCGGGUCUGGACCAGAUGGUGCAGACCUUCUCGCUGCAGGUGCUGCCGGGCGCCGACAUGCAGCUGCUGGCGGGGGCGGAUGCGGGCAAGGUGCUGCGCGGCUCCAUGGUGGGGGCGCCACCCGCGCCCAAGGAGUACGUGCCUGACGACCACCAGUCGGCGGUCGCCAACCGGCCCUCAGCCAACUUUGUGGCCUCCUGCGUCACCUGCCUGCACGCCUCGCCCUUCCUGCCGCACGCCUUUGUGUCGGGGCACAGCACCGGCACCGUGGCGCUGCACAGCGUGCAUGGCUCGACGGCUGCGGCGGUGUGGCCGGAUGUGUCGCGCGGCAAGGUGCUGGUGGUGCGCUGGUCGCCGGUGCGGCCCGCGGUGUUUUACGCGCUGGACUCACUGUGCACGCUCUUCACGUUUGACCUCACGGUGUCGCGCACGGCGCCAGUGUCUGCGCAGUCCUUCAUGCUAAAGGACAAGGGCAGGCAGGUGCCGUCCUUACCGACGUACUUUGACAUAGCGAUGGUGCAGACGGGCGACGAGGGGGCCAAAGGCAAAGGCACCCCCGUUUUCUGCGUGGGCUACGAUGACGGGUUGUUAGAUGUCAACCUUUUGUCCCAGAAGCAGGCCACCCCUGCGGAUGAAGAGUUGCAGGUGGUGGAGGACAUAGUGCGUGGCGUUGCGGGCGCGGCCACCAAGGUUUGCGCUCGGUGAAGGCACGACGUGGCAUAGACAUACGCUGUAGAGCAUGCGAUUGCGCUGGUUGGUGUUUUGCACUAUAGAAAAUCCUUUAUAUAGAUGUUUCUGUAGCAUACGGCGAUGGAAACCCUGUGAGUAAAGCAGUACACCUCCGGUGGUGUACGGCUACGACGGCAUAUUAGUGGAAAUUCAGCUUGCCCAAUUUGCAAUCUGUGGACGUAAUAACUUGCUGUUGACCUGAAGGAAUGAGUAGGUAUCUUUAAGUUCUUAGCUUUUACGCUGGGAACGUUGUAACUUUUUGCCAAUUACUACGAAGCGGGCCGCCAAGGCCCAAGGGCGAGGAUGGGGUGCAUAGCUUCGAAAGAGGACGCAACGGAACUUAGGGCGACUGCUCGGCCUGAAGUGAAUGGCAGCGUUGAUGCUGUUUCAACAAAGCCUUUAUCAGCCCAGCAAGAGCAACAGCGGCUGCCUGUAUCCCCAGCUGCUGAGGCACCUUCCGAGGUGCCAGCUCAAGCAGUAACCCCAGCUCCUUCGGCCCAGGUUACAGCCCAACAGCUUCCAACGCCACAGCCGCUGUAUACAAGACCGGACCAUGUGUCUCCAGUAGCACCCGCAGGACCAGCUCCGACAAACGCCCAUGGACCUCCCAGAAGAGAGAGGUCCGAACUCAAUAAGCGGCAAGGAACGGAGUAUGAGGAGGGUUCGGACUGGGACCAAUGCUCAACGGCUAACUUCAACGUUGACGAGGAGACGCAGCCAAAGGACUGUGAGGCACCUGUCGUGGGCACAAGCGUCAUGGAGAAAGCACUCCACAACUCAUUGUUUGCGCAGGAAAAGCAUGUUCCUGGACCGGAUAGCGAGUACAAGGAAACGACAACGCUUCGGAUAGACAAAGUUAAGGGCUGCAUGUUCGUUAACCAGUACCUUGUGGUCAAGUUCUUGGGCCGCGGUGCCUGCGGCAAAGUGUUUUUAUGCUUGAACACUUACGACCUGCGGUUAUAUGCCAUGAAGGCGGUGCGCAAGGUGGAUCUCGAAAGCUCGCAGCCCCCGCAGCAAGGCGCAAAGAAGCGCAACCCCAUGGAGGACCUAAAGCGGGAGAUUAUGAUUAUGAAAAAGAUGAAACACAAUAACAUCGUGACGCUCAGUGAGGUUAUCGACGACCCCGCUGGCUCAAAGCUGCUGCUUGUCAUGGAGUUCAUGGAGGGCGGGCCGGUGCUUACGCGCGAGGCGCUGGAGAAGCGCGAGCGGCUGCCCGAGAGCCUGGCGCUGCAGUACUUCCGGGACAUGAUCAAGGCCCUGGACUACCUGCAUGGCAACAAGGUGGUGCACGGCGAUCUGAAGCCGGAGAACGUGCUCAUGGCGGCGAGCGGGGAGGUUAAGCUCUCGGACUUUGGCUGCUCCAAAGUGUUUGCCACCGGGAAUGAGUACCUGGAGCGCUGCAACGGCACGCCGGCCUUCCUCGCACCCGAGAUGAUGAAGCCCAACACAAGAUACCGCGGCCGCCCCACGGACGUGUACGCGCUGGGCGCCUGCUUGUACACGCUGCUGUUUGGCCGCAUCCCCUUCUCCGCGCCCAACCUGUACAAGCUGUUCCAAGUGGUGCAGACGGAGCCGGUUAAGUACCCGCCCGACGUGCCCAUUUCGGAGGAGCUGAAGGACUUGCUCAAGGGCAUGCUCAUCAAGAACCCCCGCGAGCGCAUUUCCAUGUCGGACCUAAUGAGGCACGACUGGGUGACGGUUAAACAGAAGUUCCCGCUUAAGCCAUACCGCGAGCUGCGGCCAGGCGAGACGCAGGAGAUGCACAGCGGCGUGACAUGCGGCAUGACGUUCCAGGAAGCCAACCCCAAACCGGAUUUCCUGACGGGCCUAGCCAACAUUAGCCGGCAUGAGCGCAUCUACCAGGAAGGGGACGUCAUUAUGCGCCAGGGCGAGACGGGCGCGUACCUCCUCUACAUUGUUAGCGGCACUGUUGACGUCAUCGUAAAGUGGGUAACGUCGCAGCGACGCAGUCAGCCGCAAGGGCCUCCCAAGGCCGCAGGUGUGCCCGGCGGAAAGCCGGGGCAGCAGGUGGACGAGAUGAUGGAGGACAGCGACAGCAUGUCGCCCAUUGUGGACGAGGAGAGCCGCCAGCAUAGAGUGAACCUAAUGCGGGCGAGCCAGAAGGCGGGCGAAUUUGUGCGCUCGUUGCAGGCCAACGCUGGAGGCGCACGCGAGCUGCUGAUUGCGCAGCGCGGCCCGGGGGAGCUGGUGGGCGAGAUGGCGCUGUUCAGCAAGAGCCUGCUGCGCACGGCUUCCGUCCGCUGCUCCACCAAGGUCCACGCUCGCCUCAUUACUCACGAGCAGCUGGUUGAGUACCUGAUCGCGAACCCGCUGGCGAAGCACCAGCUGCGCGAGAUCAUCUGGAAGAAAGAAAGCGAGGUGACGAUGGUAGACGCGCUGGUGAAGUUGGCAAACGUGCAGGACGUCAUCACUGCCUCGCUGGAGCAGUCACCGCCCAUUACCAUGAGCAGCCUGCUGCUGCAGUGAUGGCCAUGGCGGUUGCCCUCUGGGGCCCAAGGGCCAUGUGUCUGGUCCGGUGUUGCAGUUGAUGUUGCGGUGCUUAGGGGUCGCGGUGAAUGUGCAUAUGUGCACUACGUUCAUUCCAUAGUUAUGAUAUGCUGAGCCAUUUUCCUGCCACGAGGAGACGUGCUUGAUUAGGAAUGGGGCAAGGGGAGGUGCAGCUGCUGGUGAGUUACUAAUGUUAUAGAGGUAGUCUUUGUUUACGCACACGAAUGCCAUAAAACGUCUGGGGAGCCCGAGGUCUCAAGGAAUCGGCCCCUCCAUAAGGGUCUUGCGGGCGCGCGAGCAUUUGUCCGCUUAAAAGUACGUGCCUAACGUUGGUGAGGUCAUCCUAAUGAAAGAGGUAUGUGUUAACGGGACUGCUUGGUGGAGGCGCCUGAUUCCGAGUCUCAAGAUGCCGGAAGUAUAUGCGUAUGUAUGUUCUGCGGUGUGCGCAGCCUAAGGGGCGCAGCUUGGAGAGCGGCGUGAGUGCCAUGCUGACACCGAGCACUACAAAACGGAUCAUGCUUGCUGUGCGAUGUCGGUGAACACACCUGGUGGGGUUGUCUUGAAUGCAAUGUGUCGUGCGCUGGCAAGGGUUUUGCCACGCUUCUUUCGUCCGUUGCCAGCUAGGGCGCGAACGUCUCGGCAAAUUAUUCAUGAACCUAAUCCUAUGGUCAUAAGAAUUGUCCAGCCGCCACACCGGCCUUUGCCUGCUGAGCUGCUUGCUGAUGUGGGGCCCGUUGUUCGCCUUGUGGGGCCCUGCCGCCCGUUGUUCAUGGUGGCGGCGCUGUGAAAGUUUGCAAUAAUGGACAUGGGCGCACUGCCACGUGUGUUAAAAUAACUGGCCACGUGUGUCUGUGUCUUCAUAUAUGUGUAGCGGGCCGUAAGAGGGGCGCAUGUCCUGGUAGCGCGAUAGUCUGUAGAGGUUGGUAAGUUUGGGGAUGCUCGCUCUGACGGCAUUCCUAAAGCCCGGCUGUGGUGGCUCGUGGCUCGCGUUGUCUGCUUUGACGCGAGCGCUUUCUUUGGCCACACGUGUUUUGUGUGGUUAAGCCGGGGGUUUCCUCCUGCGGAAAUGGGGAUGAGAAGACGAGAGGAAGCUGGUUCCGUACUCCACUCUUGCGGGUAUCGGGAGUAGGCUUUGUCGACUUACCUUCUGUGCUUCAAGGAGGCGCUGUUGUGAGUCAAGUCACACCGAUAAAGAUGGAUGUAAGGAACAGUGUGCUGGACUACUUCGACUUGCUUUGCGUGCGAUUAUGUAGGCUCGCAGGUAGUUCGGCACUCUGGGACCUGGGCAGGGAUAGAAGCCCAUGGCCGCGAGGCAAACCAGAGGCGCUCAUCAACUGAGCAGUGGGCCACAGCUUGCAGGCCGCAGGCACAAGUCAGAACAAGAGCGUAUAUCAAGGCAAA